GGGGAGAGCCACCGGAAGUGAGCGGCGCGGCUGCCGGAAGCUGCUCGCGGCCCUGACUGGCCACGGAGCCGGCGGCCGAGUGAGUGAGUGAGCGAAAUGAAAACUGAGAAUUACAAUUUCAACAGCUUCUUUGGGAAAAUUGCACCAUUUGUGAAAAUGGAGGAUAAAGUUCAAACAGUUCAUCCUGUUCGGAGACCUGGAGAUGGAAUGGAAACAGAAAAAAAUGCAAAAUCUAUGGAAAAAACCAAAGGGAUAAAUAACAAAAGUCAUUACAGUCCACAAAUUCAUGUAGUCUCCAAUUCUUCCCAAAUUGUCACGAAGCCCGGCGUUCUUCAGCUUGGGAAGAUUCAAGCUGGACAAGCAGUUGAGGUGGAAGCUAUUAGAAUUUUAGUUCCCAAAGCUGCUAUAAUUCAUGAUGUUCCAGCAAAGAGUACAACCGACUUUGCAGCUUCUCACAAAGGAGAGGCCUUGAGUCACCUGGAGAGCACAAACGAUCUCAAGAGAGAACUGACCGAAUUGAAAGCUUCUUUUGAAAAACUACAAAAUUCUGAGAGAAAACUACUGCAAGAUAAAGAAGGGCUUGCCAAUCAAAUCCGGGUUCAGACUGAGGUGAAUCGUGAGCUGAAGAAACUGCUCAUAGCUUCUGUUGGCAAUGAUCUUCAAUAUCAGUUUGAACGCAUGGCUCGUGAAAAAAAUCAACUAAUCCUGGAAAAUGAGACAUUGAGUCGAAACCUUGCUCAGCUCUCAGAACAGUUUGAACGGAUGACCAUCCAGUGCGAUGUGUGGCGGAGCAAGUUCCUUGCAAGCAGAGUGAUGGCAGAUGAGCUGACCAAUGCCAGGACAUCUCUCCAACGUCACAAUAGAGAAGCCCAAAGUGCAAUCCAUGAUCUUCUUAGUGAACGGGAGCAGUUUCGUCAGGAGAUGGUUGCCUCACACGGGUUACUCGAAAAGCUGUUGGUAUCUCUGCAGUGGGGGCGUCAGCAAACCUACUACCCUAAUGCACAAGCAAACACGACAGCAGAGCUUGCCUCUGCGAAUCACAAAUUAGCAGAGGCUGUUAAUUCUCACCUUCUCGGAAAAGUGGACUCAACUAAUGCACGACAAAUGAACCAAGCAGUGGAGUUCAGCAACACACCUGCUGAAAAAAUGGCUGAAAAGGUUUUAAAGAUGUUGGACCCUACCACGUUCAGUACAGGAACUGUAGACUUGUCAUUCUGUGAAACAUCACCAACUUCUUUUCUGUCUAACAAGAAAAGCAUUGGACGAUUUCAUCCAUAUACUAGAUAUGAAAAUAUCACCUUUAAUUGUUGUAACCAAUGCAAUGGAGAAUUGAUAGUCUUGUGAAAGUUUUCAAUUGGAUGCCGAUUGGCAGCAGGACUUGUGUAAUCACUACCUUUCCUGCUUACAGGUUGAAUAAAACGAGCAGUAUUUGGAAGCUCUAUACAUUUAAUAUAUACAGUGUAGCACAUGAGUUUUCUUACACAUUUCAAAGACUAUUUUUUUAGGGAAGCUCUUAAAUGUGUGUGUGUGUGUAUAUGUAUCUUUGUAUCUUGUGUACAUUAUUUUUCCUCUCUUCCCCACCUAUUUUCUUUCUCCCUCCCCCAUCACACACACCCUAGUUCCUCACUUUUGCUAGUAUCUAAAUAUUUACCUCAGAAAAAGGGUUCCUCUAAUCAUGAUAUUUCCUCAUUUUGCAUUUGGGUUGCUGUUUUGUGGUUCAGAAACCUUCCUUUAAUUUUCUUUUGAGAACAGAGUCCGUCUGCUGAAGGUGCAAGCAUUACUUUUUCUGCCACAUUUACAGUGAUUUGGAGCAAAGAUCUUGAACCAACCAUGUAAACUGUUACAAAAUGUUCAGUCAAGUUAUUUUGGUCUUCAAUUAAGUGAAAAUUUGGAAGUGAUUCCAAUAAUAAAUAUUAAAUUUGCAA